AUGUUCGAGGUGCCUCAGGCCAAGAGAGUCCGACGGGAGGAUCUCAACGGCUCAGGAGACUCGGACUGGAGCGGCAGCGACGGCGAUGAGGUUGACGCCGAGUUGCAGGCUCGUCUGAACGCCCAGAUUGCGCGGUCACUCGGGCUCGACGUGGGUGCACCCAGCGCAGCAGACCGGCCCGCCGCAGACCCUAAACCGCCAUCCUCUGGUUCAAAAAAAGAGGAGAAAGGCCGCCAAACCGAGACCCACGAUGAGGUUGAUGGGGACGAGGACGCCGACCUGGGCGAGUUCGAGUUCAAGCUUUUCAGCACAUCGACGGCCGCGGCGCCCAAGGUCGUGCUGGAGGACCAGGCCGCCAACCAGGGCGACGGCGACAUCAUCCGCAAGAGAACAGCGCAGUACUACCUCGUCACGGACAUCCCGCCAGAGCUCAGGAAAGAGUACGAGUACGCCGCUGUGAGUGGCGAGGACGUGCUUGCGCGCUCCCAACAGAGAUCGUGGGGUCUCGAGAUGCCCUGGAAAGUGACCAGGAUCGUCACGACACGCAAAGCUGGCGACAUCAAAAGCGCGAAGGCGGGAGCCGGCAAGUCACGCAAAAUAGGCGACGAUGGCGACGGCAACGACGAGGAGCAGAGGCGGAGGAAACGACCGGGAAAGAAGGCGCGCAUCAUCCACAGGAUGAAGGAGAGGGCGAAGAAGGAGAAGCAGGAGGCGGCGAAGAAGCAGCUGGCGGACAAGGAGGAGCACCUCAAGGACAAGAAGAAGAGGCUCAACAGGCUCAAGAAGCUGAGGAGGAGGGCCAAGGAGAAGGAGAAGAAGCAGGGUGCUGGCGGGGCCGACGGCGGCGACGGGUCGGACUCGGAUGAUGGAUCUGAGUGA